AUGCUCUCAACUGGCCAAAUUAAAACAGGGCCAGGAAGGAAGGACUUAGAGAAGGAAAAGGAAGGAGGAAGGUGUGCUGGUUGGUCUCUCGUUCUGGUGGUGUUGGGAGCGUCCCCAGUGAGUGAUGCCCUGUCCUUCUCUCGGCAGCUUGACCACAUACUGUCCCCACCACCCAUGCCAUGUCGGAAGUGCAGCAACCCGGACCUGGCCUCGGGCCCUGGAAAGUCCCUGAAGUUCAAAAGCCAGCUGAGCGAGGAUGGACGACAGCUGCGGCGGGGGAGCCUGGGAGGUGCGCUGACAGGAAGGUACCUCCUUCCUAACCCCACCACAGGACAGACCUGGUCAGCAUCUGCGGAGACGUCCAACCUCGUGCGCAUGCGCAGCCAGGCCUUGGGCCAGUCGGCGCCCUCGCUCACGGCCAGUCUGAAGGAGCUAAGUCUUCCCAGGAGAGGAAGUUUUUGCCGAACAAGCAACCGAAAAAGCUUAAUAGGCAAUGGGCAGUCAACAGCAUUGCCCCGACCACACUCACCUCUCUCGGCUCAUGCAGGCAAUAGCCCUCAAGAUAGCCCAAGAAAUUUCUCCCCCAGUGCCUCAGCCCAUUUUUCAUUUGCACGGAGGACUGAUGGACGCCGCUGGUCCCUGGCUUCUCUCCCCUCCUCUGGCUAUGGGACAAACACGCCCAGCUCCACCGUCUCUUCAUCCUGUUCCUCCCAGGAGAAGUUGCACCAGUUACCAUACCAACCAACGCCAGAUGAAUUACACUUCUUAUCGAAACAUUUUUGUACUACCGAAAGCAUCGCCACGGAGAACAGAUGCAGGAACACCCCUAUGCGCCCCCGUUCCCGAAGUCUGAGCCCUGGACGUUCUCCCGCCUGCUGUGACCAUGAAAUAAUUAUGAUGAACCAUGUCUACAAAGAAAGGUUCCCAAAGGCCACCGCGCAGAUGGAAGACCGUCUGACGGACAUCAUCACCAGCUACUCCCCUGACCACGUGCUCCCCCUGGCAGAUGGGGUGCUCAGUUUCACUCACCACCAGAUUAUUGAGCUGGCUCGAGAUUGCUUGGAUAAAUCCCACCAGGGCCUCAUCACAUCACGAUACUUCCUUGAAUUGCAGCACAAAUUAGAUAAGUUGCUACAGGAGGCUCAUGAACGUUCAGAAAGUAGUGAACUGGCUUUCAUCAAACAACUAGUCCGAAAGAUCCUGAUCGUUAUCGCCCGCCCCGCGCGGUUACUGGAGUGCCUGGAAUUUGAUCCUGAAGAAUUUUACUACCUACUGGAAGCAGCAGAGGGCCAUGCAAAAGAAGGACAGGGUAUUAAAACGGACAUUCCCAGGUACAUCAUUAGCCAGCUGGGACUCAACAAGGACCCUCUGGAAGAAAUGGCUCAGUUGGGAAACUAUAAUAGCGGGACAGCAGAAACACCAGAAACAGAUGAAUCAGUGAGUAGCUCAAAUGCUUCCCUGAAACUUCGAAGGAAACCUCGGGAAAGUGAUUUUGAAACGAUUAAGUUGAUUAGCAAUGGAGCCUAUGGGGCAGUCUACUUUGUCCGGCAUAAGGAGUCCCGGCAGCGCUUCGCCAUGAAGAAGAUCAAUAAACAGAACCUCCUUCUCCGGAACCAGGUCCAGCAGGCCUUCGUGGAGCGGGACAUCCUGACGUUUGCGGAGAACCCCUUUGUGGUCAGCAUGUACUGCUCCUUUGAAACGAGGCGCCACUUGUGCAUGGUCAUGGAAUAUGUGGAAGGGGGUGACUGUGCUACCUUAAUGAAGAACAUGGGUCCUCUCCCUGUUGAUAUGGCCCGGAUGUACUUUGCUGAGACGGUCCUGGCCUUGGAAUAUCUGCACAAUUAUGGAAUUGUUCACCGGGAUUUGAAGCCAGACAAUUUGUUGGUCACCUCCAUGGGGCACAUCAAGCUGACAGAUUUUGGAUUAUCCAAGGUGGGACUGAUGAGCAUGACUACCAAUCUUUAUGAGGGUCAUAUUGAGAAGGAUGCCCGCGAGUUCCUAGACAAACAGGUCUGCGGCACACCUGAAUACAUUGCCCCAGAAGUGAUUCUGAGGCAGGGCUAUGGGAAGCCUGUGGACUGGUGGGCCAUGGGCAUUAUCCUCUAUGAAUUUCUGGUUGGAUGCGUGCCAUUCUUUGGGGACACUCCAGAAGAGCUGUUUGGACAAGUCAUCAGUGAUGAGAUCAACUGGCCCGAGAAGGAUGAGGCACCACCGCCAGACGCCCAAGAUCUGAUCACCUUGCUGCUCAGGCAGAACCCCCUGGAGAGACUGGGAACAGGUUAGAGCACAUCGCUCAAGAGAGAACGUUAUUUAACCCUUUUGCUUCUGUCCUUCCCCACGUCUCCCCUCUCCUUAGACUGGAACAGUUUGCUGAGACAGAAGGCGGAAUUUAUUCCCCAGCUGGAAUCCGAAGAUGACACGAGUUAUUUUGAUACUCGGUCCGAGAAGUAUCACCACAUGGAGACGGAGGAAGAAGAUGACACGAAUGAUGAAGACUUCAACGUGGAGAUAAGGCAGUUUUCCUCGUGUUCACACAGGUUCUCAAAAGUUUUCAGCAGCAUAGAUCGAAUAACUCAGAAUGCAGAAGAGAAGGAAGACCCUGGGGACAAAACCAAAAGCACCACUUUGCCAUCCACGGAGACGUUAAGCUGGAGUUCGGAAUAUUCUGAAAUGCAACAGUUAUCCACAUCCACCUCUUCAGAUACUGAAAGCAACAAACAUAAGCUCAGUUCUGGCCUGCUUCCCAAACUGGCUAUUUCAGCGGAGGCAGAACCAGAUGAGGCCGCUCCCUGCCCCGGCGACCUCCGCGAGGAGCCAGAGAAGCCAGUCCUUCCUCCUGCCGAGUGUGCUCAGGAGGAGCCUGAGGUCACCACCCCAGCCAGCACCAUCAGCAGCUCCACCCUGUCAGUUGGCAGUUUUUCAGAGCACUUGGAUCAGAUAAAUGGACGAAGCGAGUGUGUGGACAAUACAGAUAAUCCCUCCAAGCCACCCAGUGAACCCGCUUCUCACAUGGCUCGGCAGCGCUUAGAAAGCACAGAGAAAAAGAAAAUCGCGGGGAAAGUCACCAAGUCCCUUUCCGCCAGUGCUCUGUCCCUCAUGAUCCCAGGAGAUAUGUUUGCCGUUUCCCCGCUGGGGAGUCCAAUGUCUCCCCACUCCUUGUCCUCGGACCCUUCUUCUUCACGGGAUUCCUCUCCCAGCCGGGACUCGUCCGCAGCCUCUGCCAGUCCGCAUCAGCCCGUGGUCAUCCACAGUUCGGGGAAGAACUAUGGGUUCACCAUCCGAGCCAUCCGGGUGUACGUGGGCGACAGUGACGUCUAUACAGUGCACCACAUCGUUUGGAAUGUAGAAGAAGGAAGCCCAGCCUGCCAGGCGGGCCUGAAGGCCGGGGACCUGAUCACACACAUCAAUGGAGAGCCAGUGCACGGACUCGUCCACACAGAAGUGAUAGAGCUCUUGCUGAAGAGUGGGAAUAAGGUGUCAAUCACUACGACCCCAUUUGAAAACACAUCAAUCAAAACGGGACCAGCCAGGAGAAACAGCUAUAAGAGCCGGAUGGUGAGGCGGAGCAAGAAAUCUAAGAAGAAAGAGAGUCUAGAACGGAGGAGAUCCCUUUUCAAAAAACUAGCUAAGCAGCCUUCUCCUCUACUCCACACCAGCCGAAGUUUUUCCUGCUUGAACCGAUCGCUGUCGUCGGGGGAGAGCCUCCCGGGGUCCCCCACUCACAGCCUGUCUCCCCGAUCUCCCACGCCCAGCUACCGCUCCACCCCCGACUUCCCAUCCGGCACUAACUCCUCACAGAGCAGCUCCCCAAGUUCUAGUGCCCCCAACUCCCCAGCGGGGUCAGGACACAUCCGGCCCAGCACGCUCCACGGUCUGGCCCCCAAACUCAGCGGACAGCGCUACCGGUCGGGAAGGCGUAAGUCCGCUGGCAACAUCCCGCUCUCCCCGCUGGCCCGGACCCCGUCUCCGACGCCACAGCCCACCUCCCCGCAGCGGUCCCCGUCCCCUCUGCUGGGACCCCCCCUGGGCAAUGCCAAGAUCGUGCAAGCCUUUCCCAGCAAAAUGCAUUCCCCUCCCACCAUCGUCAGACACAUCGUGAGGCCCAAGAGCGCCGAGCCGCCGCGGUCCCCGCUGCUCAAGCGCGUGCAGUCCGAGGAGAAGCUCUCCCCCGCCUAUGGCAGCGACAAGAAGCACCUGUGCUCCCGCAAGCACAGCCUGGAGGUGACCCAGGAGGAGGUGCAGCGGGAGCCCUCCCAGCGGGAAGCGACCCUGCAGAGCCUGGAGGAGACCGCGUGCGACACGCCCGCCCUCAGCAGGGCCAGGCCGGUGGAGCAGGGCUGCCUGAAGCGCCCCGCCUCCCGGAAGCUGGGCCGGCAGGAGUCCGUGGACGACCUGGACCGAGAGAAGCUGAAGGCCAAGGUGGUGGUGAAGAAACCAGAUUGCUUCCCGGAGAAACCCGAACCCCAUCCGAAGUCCCACGCGCUCGGGAGCGACGCGGAAAACCACUCUGCAGUGAGGCGAGAGGAGCGGGAGAAGAAAAUGUACCCGAAGACGGUGGAAAGGUCCGGUCAUUUUGAGAACAAAGCAGGAGGGCAGGAGGCCCCGGCCCCGGGCGGCCUGCUGAAGGGUGUUAUUACAAGCAAAUAGAACGUUCAAACCACACGGGGAAACCACAGCCAGGGCACCUCUGCGCCCAGCACCCUUCAGGACGGCCCCUGUCCCUCCCCCGACAGGUCCGCCCCCGGGAGGGGGGACGCUGUGGAGAAGGCUCCCCAGGCCAAGGAGUGUCUCCGGUGUGAAAAGCUAGACAGCAAGCUGGCCGGCAUGGACUACCUCCGCAAGAAAGUGUCCCUCGAAGACAAAGAGGACAACCUCUGUCUCAUGCUCAAGCCCAAGAUGCCCUCCAGUGCCCAUGAGUGCCUGCCCGGGAACGCGGCCCGGCCCACAGGCGGGCAGCAGGAGCUGGACAUUGCUCUCCUGUCUGGACCUCAGGCGUCCAAGAUGGAGCUGCCUUCCCCCGAACCCACGCAGAGCCCCGGCCCCAGCCCGGGCAGUGCCCUGGGGCCCGCUGCGCCGCCCGCCCUUCCCAGCGAUGGGAGGAAGGGAGAUGCUGCUGGUCAGAGGGAGUCCUCCCCUGCUGUCUUCAAGGUGAACAAGUCCUACCUGCUCGAGCCUCGGUUCCUGCCACCCAGCCGGGGACUCCAGAAUUCACCAUCGGCUCCCCAGCCUGACCCAGCGCUGAAGCAGGACAGGAACGUUUCCCAGGCCACCAGGAGCCCCGCAACAGACACGGAAAAUGAUCCCCAGCGGAGAGAGGGUGGGCCCAGCAAACGCCAAGAUCCCAGCUCCAACACGAAAUGCCUGCCCGCGCUGGGGCAGACCCUGCGUGGUGCCGACCCAUCCAGGGCACCGGGCCCGCCCCCACCCGAAGGUGUCCCCUCACGGGAGAAGCCGAGUGGGAGGGAACCGAUGGAGAGGGGCCCUUCCACAGCCAGAACAGAGCCGCAGGCUGCAAGGGCCGCCGUCCGCAGAGAGCCCUCUGUGGAGCCCAGUCCUCCACCAGCUGCUAAAACCGGUGACAACAGAAAUCUCCCGUCUGUGGGAGGAGCCCGCUCAGAUGUCCACACGCAGACCCUGGCCACGGAGAAAGCCCGGGGGCCUUGCGGGAAACCAAACCACAGGGAUGGCCGCGAGGAGCUGAGGCCGCUGGCCAGAGAGGACCCCUCUUCGCACCCCGGGGGAACGGGGACGCCUUGUGAGCGGGAGCUGGGCAAGGGAAGGAGCGGCCCAGAACCCACAUCGCAAGCCCCUCCUGCCAGGCCGUCUCUGCCGCCUCCAGAGGGUGGGAAGAGCGACAAGCUCCGCAGUUUCCCCUCUAUGCAGAGAGACGAUCCCCGGGAACCGGAGCGGAAAGAACAGCUUCAGCAGCGGCUCAGCAGCGGCUCUCAGCCCCUACCCGCCACCAAGGACCUGCCCAGCCCGGCUCGGCCGCCCGGCGGCGCACCCAGCCCCCCCUCAGGCAGAGAGCUGGGCAGCAAGCCCUGGGCUGCAGAGCCCAGCCUGGGCCUCCCCCACAAGCCCGGGCCUGCCCCUGACCCGAGCCCUGCAAAGGCCAAGCACCCAGACCGGCCCCUCGCCUCCCAGAGGCUGGGCAUGGGGGCUGCGGUGGCCAAAGAGCCUGGCACACAGCCUCCCAGCGGCCCCAGCUCCCCCAGCGGCCCCAGCCGAGACGGGAAGGGCAGCAGUAAGGGCGUGUCGAAUGUGUACCCUGCCCUCCCGGGUUCCCAGAACACAACCAGCCAUGUGAUCGGCCAGGGAGGAAGUGGGCCCUCAGGCUCACUGCCCCCCAGAGCGGGUCCCCUGGACACCAAGCUGAAGCCCACUGAAGGCGGGCGUGCCCCGGAGGCGCUGGAGAGGCCCGUGUAUCCGCCCCGGCAAGGACACCCUGGGGUCAGCGAGUCUGUAGACCAGAAACUUCCCACUGUCAGUGAAAAGCUCAACCUGUCUCCAAAGCACCCCAAACCACCCACUGUGAGAGAUGGCCCCCCGCCGUGCAGACAGACAGACAAGAGCCCUAGUCCCCUGGCCGCCAGCGCAGACAGGAAGUCUGAGGGGAAGAAAUGCAUGGAAGCACUUUAUGGUCCCACGGACGGCACGAAGCUGGAGGCCAGCCUGCCCCUGGCACAGGGCGAGGCCAGGCUGAGGGGCACGGAGAGGCCGGCGGGGGCUGCGGGGAAGGCCCUGCCCGACGCCAAGGGGAGAGGGCUCAGUGCCCAGAAGCUGCCGCCCGAGGCAGGCAAGCCCAGCGGCAUGAAGCGGUCGCCCUCGGCCAUCGGGCAGAGUUCCUUCCGGCCCACUGCCCUCCCGGAGAAGUGUUUUUUUGCCCCCGCGGCCAGCAGCGACCCCGUCUCGGCCAAGGCCAGCGGGGCCACAGCCGAGCCCACAGCCCCCAGCAGCAGGGACCAGAGGAAACCCCCCUCUGGGGGCGAUGGCGGGAGCCACAUGACAAAGAGCGACUCCCUGCCCUCCUUCAGGAGCUCCUCCAUCACGGUGGAGUUACAGCACCCCAACCCAACCAUGGCGUGGGGCGCCGGGCCCCGGGACAGGGCCCUCUCAGUAACUGCCCCCCCAGGAGAAACCAAAGAGAGAGAGCCUGCCCCGGCCCAGCCUCAGACCAGGAAACAGAACGCGGGCAGAGAGCUGACCAAGCCGUCGCCCGCACCCGGCACAGACCGCCCUGUCGCCCUUUGUUCCGAGAAGGACUCUGUGGUCCGGCAGAGGCGGGGGAAAGAGGGUUUGCGGAGCAGCCCUCACAAAAAGGCCUCCUAAGGGGGCAGGCCCUGGGGGACCCGCCCGGAACGUGUCACUGAGUCCUGACUACCUUUCGAAACCAGCACUGUGGGAGCAUCGCAGGCCGAGCCUGGAGUCUCGCCGAAGGAGGGGAGAGGGAGAGAAGGUGGAAAAAAAGGGGCCUCCUUCCAAUGCCUGCCCCGUGGUCACCGGAAUAGCUGUUACCAGAUAGUGUUUGUACAAGAAACAAGAAACACCUUCACAGCCCAGGGUUGUUGGGGAAAGGAUUUUCUCUGUAAAUAUCUGGCCAUGUGUUGGGUUUGGGAUGUAGAGUCUGUACCUUGCUGCUGAUUGUGUCAUUUAUGACAGCUUUUCUUUUAAAAAAAAGGAAAAAGAAGAUUUUUGCUUUACCACUUACCAUGAUGUAGUAAUGAAGCAAAGGGUUAAAACCGAUGUAUGUGAAAGUAGAGAUCCACCCGUGUUCGUGUAUAUACACGCAUCCACCACAUGUGUUUGUCUGUGGUUUGAGAGACUGUUUCAAGACUACAUGUUCCUAAGUUCAAACACCCUAAGUAGAGGUAAAGAUGCAAGAAAGCCCUACCCACCGUAGCUUGUGAGUUUUUAUGUGCAUUUGUAACCAGAGAUGUUGAUAGGACUGUAUCUGGCUGCCCGUGUUUCCAGAUCCAAAGCAAGAGGUUCUCUAAAUUGCUGCAUUUAGAUCCCUCCUCCAUCAGGAAGGGCCAGACCGUGGAGGUAGCCACGUGCGUUUCACGGUCAUCCUACCUAGUGGGCAUUUCGCGCCCGGGUCCGCCUGUCUGAAGGCCAGCCGCCCUCGUCCGUGGCUGUGUGUCGGGUCUUCACCCCGGGGGGUGCGGGGUCUAUAAACACACAUGAUCUUGAUGUCUGUUCUCCUGCAUUUUCUCCUGCUCAUGCUCUUAAACUCAGGCCUUUCUGCUGUGAGUCGCUAGUCUAAGAAGCACACGUUUUGUAGUCCUGCACCAGCUCUGCUCUCAGACGAAAAGGAACAUUACUGGCUGCACGCAACUCUGCCAGGACUUAGGUUGAGUUUUACUCGGUUGAGCACCAGGCAUUGGAAGAGGUUUUAAAUUUGCUUUUGGACGGGAAAGGGGGUGGGGGUAGAUUUUGGCAUCACAGCAUAUAUAUUAAGAAUUAAUCAGGACAUCAAGAUACCUUUUAAUACAUAGCUGGGGCCUUAUGUUGUAGAUGAAGCUUGCUGUUUUUAGCAAGUUCCUGGGUUUCACAUUCAUUUCGGACGCAUCGAGUAGCUCCAUACAUUUCAUAACACGAUCUCUUUAUUUGUAUGCAAAAAAAAAGAGACUGUAUUAAUAAAGAGCAGCAUUUGUGUAACAAAAAGACCUGUUGGAGCUAUUUUGGUGCUUGAAUGUGACUGUCCUUUUUACUUUUGCUAAGCCUUAUUUAAAUUUUGUAUACCAUGGAAUAUGUAGAAGUUGUCCAAUCAUUUUAGUGCUGAAGGGGUUUUUCUGUUUGUUUUCCGUUGCCGUUUUCCUGGUGGUUUGUAUUGUAUUGUAAGAUGUCGCUUGCUGACAUAAGUACUAAGGCACUAAGUACUAAGAGAAAAUACACACAGAUAAGUAUUUAUAAGAUGCUUGGGAUCUAUAACAGGAAUGUUUGUUUUGUUUUUGUAAGAGGAAAAAAAAAUUACCAAUGAAUACUAACUCAGCACCCACACCCCCCUCGGGGGUGUCUUAGUAUCUUUAGGCUAUAAAAUUCUUCAUCUAAGCACAGCAUCAUCCUAUGGCCCUGUGGAUUGUAAAUCACUUAUCAGGGCCGUAAACUCCACUCCAAAAACAAAGGCAUAAUUUAACUAACUUGGUUGUCUUUCACUGUAAAAUGAGUUGGCAAUGACAAAAGGCAAACAAAAAAAAAAAAAGAGUAGGAAAAGUCUCUUUGCCCCUAUCUUUUCCCACGUAGUUUUAGCCAUUCCCCAUCAGUUGUAGAAGAAACAAAUAUUUUAUAAGAACUUACGUGCGUUUCAAAAGUGGUCUCAACAUUUAUAAUUCAUAUCUGUGUUUGUUGGUUGUCAUAACCCAAGGCUUCUGCAGUCAGACAUCAAGACAGGGCUUUCGGGGAGGCAGUUUAUGGUUUACAGCCGUUGCUUCUUAACUGUCCAGUUUCCUUUAAAGCACAGCUAGGUGCUUGUUUACAAACGACAUAUCUAUGUAUAUUUUGUAUAGUAUAUUAUCAUUUUUGCCAAAUACGUUUUUGCAUUUUGGAUGAGUAAAGAGUACUAAGGUUGCGUUCACGUGAUAACUGUCUGUUGUUGGUAACCUCUCCGGUCAGCUGGUAGAAACCCUCCUGUGUUCCCUCUGGUCCAUCUCCUGUGAUUGUAAGACGUGCCCCUCAGUA